AUGAUUGGUGGUGAGCUUAAGCUGAGGGUCACCACGCCUCAGAUCCAGAGAAGGUGGCGUGGAUAUUAUGUUCGAAAGUGCAUCCAUAAUUACUAUGACAUGAAAAAGUAUUUCAAAGGUCUUAGCGUGAAAAAUGAGAUUGUAAGGAAAGAAUUGGAGGAGUACAAAGAGACAAAGAAGAAGGAACGGGAAAAGAAAGCGAUAGAAGAGGAAGAGAGAAGAAAGCAUUACCAAGCCCGAAAGAUGCAUUACCUCCUCAGCACUGAGCAGCUUCCAGGUAUAUAUAACUCUCCAUAUUUGCUGUGCCAAAAUGAGAUGGAGUGCAGGUUGCAACAAGUCAGGCCAUUGACUCCCAAUGCAUCUCGGAAAAAGGACAUCACUGAGGGUCUUGUGGAUCCAUCAAUACCUGAAAUUCCAUGCACCUCUCCUCAGUUAGGGCUACUGCCACCUGUAGGCAGGAAGAAACCACAGGGUCCCUUCCGCGAUACUGCUGAAGUAUUGCAACAGCGCUACAAGCCUUUGGAGCCAACCUUGCGGGUGGCGACAUCAAUCAUGUCUGAGAAGGAGGCCAGAGAGGAGAUGAAAAGAGAAGAAUGGAGAAAUCGUAUACAUGAUGAUAUAUUCCUGCCAUUCAGCAAAACAAAUAGAUACAGAACCUAUGAGCCGCUUCUUCAUACCAGCACCAAAUAUGAACCUAUAGCUUAUGGAACUAAGCACUUUAGAGCAACUGAAGACAUGCCAAGCAAGAAUAAGCCAUUCAGAACUGUUUUUAAAUCCAUUCAUCUCUUUGAGAAGUUUCAAAAAUCCUAUUCCAAAGCUGGACAAGUGUGUUAAGGAUGAUGGGGAUUCUGUUACACUUCCUGCUAUAAUGCGAUAGGGAAAACAAUUGUUUCAUUCAUUUUUGAUAAGUGAACACUAUUUGAGAAAUGAAAAAAUUGUAAACUCUCCAGUAUUAAUAUCAUCUUACAGAAAAUGUACUAAUGCAUUAAAAAUAUA